UGGAAGAAGCCAUACAGGGGGGACCCACCUGGAUUCCCCAGUGCACUUCUACAUGGGAGGCUGGGACGCGACGCAGAUACCACUGGAUAGGUUGUUGUUCCUGCCAAUGGCAAUUGUGGACGUGAGGGAACAAGUGGCAAUGAAUGCCGAGUACCUGCUCUCAGUGGACGACAUACUAAGCUGGGAAGAAAGGAAUGGCCCGCUUCCCAGCGGGUGCCUCUUCGUGACUAACACCGGGCAGUCCAAGCACUGGCCUAACCGCAGCGCCUACAUGGGCAUCGACGGUAACGGCGUCAAGCACUUCCCUGCGAUACAACCGGAGGCGGCCUCUUUCCUGGCGACGCAACGGAAUGUAUAUGGUGUUGGCGUGGAUACGCCUUCGAUCGACGCGGCUCACGACGAUGCAGCCCACCGAGCAGUGUCGGCGGCGAACAUCUUCAUCCUCGAGAACCUUGUGGGCUUGGAGAAGUUGCCACCAAGAGGAGCCCGCGCCAUUGUGCUGCCGCUAAAGAUGGAUGGAGCGAGCGGUUCACCUGUACGGGUGGUUGCACUGGCACCUCUAUAAAAUGCUACUAUGCUCUUCGUGUUCUAAAUCGCGCCUCACUCUGCUACGUCUAAAACCAUUGCAGCUGCAGAUAAAGCACUUCAA